CACGCGUAUGCGUGGCUACGCGUCCUGAAUAGUAGCGUCUUUGCGUCCGGUUAGCUACAGCGUGGAAAGAGCGUGCACUGCGUGCGGAGAGAGAGCGUAAGUAUUUCUACUGCUAUCGGAGGGAAAGCCAUUACUUCUACGAGAGAGAGAGUGUGUCAAACAAGCUCGCGGCGCGAUGUCGGAACAAGACUACGACGGAGAAGUAGCGGAACCGUUCCGUUUCUAACUUCGAGAUCGCGUGGGAGGUCGCCAACAAGGUUGGAGGUAUCUACACCGUCCUUCGCAGCAAGGCCGGAGUUACUACGUCCGAACUCGGCGACCAAUACUGCAUGAUCGGUAUCUACAACGAGGCGAGUGUUAGUCUAGAGGUGGAGGAGAUGGAGCCUGAGCUGUCGGUGUUGAAGGAGACCAUUGACUCAAUGAGACACGCGGGAGUGAAGGUUGUCUUUGGUCGAUGGCUGAUUUCGGAUGGGCUAGCCAAAGGUCCUCCUAUUCGACCUUGGCUCCAUGUGCCACAGACUCAACGACUGGCGUAAGGAGUUGUGGGAACUGGCAAAGAUCGGAGUCCCUGAUAAAGACAAGGAGGCUCUCGACGCCGUCGUUUUCGGCUUUCUCACCAACUGGUUCCUCAGCGAGUUCAUGAAGCGGCUGCCGGGUCCGUCUCCAAUGGUGGUGGCCCACUUCCACGAAUGGCUGUCGGGAGUCGGCCUCAUCCUCCUUCGCUGCAUGAAGGUUCCCGUUUCCACCGUCUUCACCACCCACGCCACGUUGCUAGGGCGGUACCUCUGCGCAGGGAGCGUCGAUUUCUACAACAACCUUGCCAAUUUUGACGUUGACAAGGAGGCUGGCGAUCGACAAAUCUACCAUCGCUACUGCAUGGAGAGGGCCGCCGUCCACUGCACUCACGUUUUCACCACCGUCUCACAGGUAACGGCCGACGAGGCGGAGCAUCUGCUAAGGAGGAGGCCGGACGUGAUUCUACCAAACGGUCUCAACGUCAUCAAUAUUAGUGCCAUGCACGAGUUCCAGAACCUCCAUGCCAAGGCUAAGGAGAAGAUACACAACUUUGUAAAGGGACACUUUCACGGGCACUAUGAUUUUGACCUGGACAACACCAUCUACCUUUUCACCGCUGGACGGUACGAGUUCUCCAACAAGGGAGCGACUCGUUCCUCGAAUCUCUGGCGAGACUCAACCACUUGCUCAAGUCCAGUGGCAGCAAGAUGACCGUGGUAGCCUUCCUCAUCUUCCCCACGCGGACCAACAGCUUCAACGUGGAGAGUCUGAAGGGGCAGGCAAUCACGAAACAGUUACAGGAAACUGUUGGCAGUAUCCAGGACAAAAUAGGGAAGAAAAUCUUUGAGACAGUUCUGAGGUGGCAAUUGCCCGAUUCAACAUCUCUUAUCGACAGGAAAGACAUCAUCCAACUGAAGAGGUGUAUCUUUGCUGCUCAGAAAGGGGGAUUGCCUCCGAUCUGUACCCAUAAUGUUAUUGAUGAUCAUUGUGACCCCGUGCUGUGCAACAUUAGGAGAAUACAGCUCUUCAAUCGCAGGGAGGAUAGGGUUAAGAUAAUCUUCCAUCCAGAGUUCCUCUCUGCCACAAAUCCCCUCUUCAAGAUGGACUACGAAGAAUUUGUUCGCGGCUGCCAUCUUGGCGUCUUCCCGUCUUACUACGAACCGUGGGGAUAUACUCCUGCGGAGUGUACCGUGAUGGGUAUACCGUCUGUCACCACCAAUCUCUCUGGGUUCGGCUGUUUCAUUGCACAGCACGUCGCCGAUCCCGCCACAUACGGCAUAUACAUCGUGGACCGACGUUUCAAGAGCGCAGACGAGUCCAUCCAACAGCUGGCAAAUUACAUGUUUGAGUUCUGUAGCCAGACACGACAUCAGAGGAUCAUUCAGAGGAACAGAACUGAGAGACUCAGUGACCUACUCGACUGGCAAACUCUGGGACAGUACUAUCGCACAGCCAGACGCAGAGCCCUUGAGACCACUCAUCCAGAGUACUACAGCAGUAAGAGGCGUGGCUCCGGAAGUGCCACGCCCACCUCUUCCACUCCUGGGUUCCGAUAUCCUCGUCCCCUGAGUGAGCCUCCGUCGCGACCUCCUAGUGAGAUUGGAGAUGAUGAGGAUGAAGAGCAGCAGUGACCUCUGGUCAUGUGACCAUUACAUCAUGUCAUGUGACCAUCAUGUGACUCUUACUUCCCUGUGCUUUAUUAUCACAUCAUGCAGUAAAGAGUUUUAACUGAGUGUGGUAUUUUUGUAAGAAUUAAUGGAAGUUGAACAAUAAUAUAUAGCACUUUUGCUAUUCGCAGUGCACCCAUUGAUCAAUAAGCCAACCACAAUGGUGCUAUAAUAAUUAUAAUAAACAAUACAGCAUAAAUAGUAUGUGCAAUUGUAUAUAAUAGUCAUCUAUGCAGAGAAAAGCCAAAAAUUUAAUAACUCAUUGGGUGAUUAUAACUUUAACAACUCUGACUAUGAUGAUGCCAUCUUUCAAGUAUUGGGUUUUCUUUGCAGCAUUGUACUCCAGAUCAGUGAGAGCUAGGAACUGCUGAAACCCCUGUCCCACAGCACUCUCCUUGUCAGUCACUCUACCAGCAGAGAUAUCUGGUGUCUUAUCAUUGUAGGUGAUCGUCUUCUCGACGUGGCUGUGGUCUCCAGCCUGGUUGACUAUCUGGACCGUUAUCUCUCCUCUGAACGGCCAUUUCAGGAGGUCGUCGUAUGGACCUCGCAUUAGCUGUGUGACUAAUGAUACAUGAGUUCCUUUACCCUUUCCACAUCCAUUCGGAUAAAAACUAAUGCGCAUUUGGUAACCAGAUGAGUGGGUGUAAAAGGAAGGUGAAUUAAUUAUUUCCUUGUCUUUGUCAUACUUCACGCGGAAAUCAAUAGGGAAUCCUCCCACAAUGAGCUUCAUUUGGUGCAUUUCUUUCUCCUGCUUCUGAUUCUCUUUCUUGAGGUCCUCAGUUGUCUGUCGCAGUUUCUGAUUCUCUUUCUUGAGGACCUCAGUUGUCUGUCGCAGUUCCUGAUUCUCUUUCUUGAGGAUCUCAGAUGUCUGUCGCAGUUCCUGAUUCUCUGUUUUGAGGUCCUCAGUGGUCUGACGUACCUCCUGAUUCUCUUUCAGGAGGCUCUGUGUAACGGUAGCCAGCAGUGUCAGAUGUGUGACAGUGUCUGCCAUGUGCACAGGCAUGUAUUUGCGAGGAAGUCUCACCUCACAACCGGCGUAGUGGAGUGGGCAGUCGACUUCCGUGAGGGGACAUUCAUCUUUCACGUGGUUAUUCACAUUCUGUCUUUCAAAGGGAGCGUCUCGACAUUUGUUAGGGCAGGUAACUGGAUACUUGACACACUGAGGAUAGUGAUUUUUAGUAACAUCUUCGAAAUUGGAUUCAUAUUCGUGGCAGUGUUCACAGGAGUAAGGUCGCUUGGGACACACACCCUUUUGGUGGGAAGCGAUAUUGCGACGCUGGAACCACUCCCCACACCCAUUCCCACACUCUAUCUCCACAAACUGACACCCAGUCAGCUGGUUCUCUUGAGACGGAUUGCUAUUCAGGUUGGGGAGACAGGCAAACUUGAUCAUGGGUGGAGGUCCACACAUGAGGAUCUGAGAGGUCGGUCCAGGAGGAGGGAGGUGGGUGGACAUCAUUUCCCCACUAACAAACCCUGAACUGUACGACCAAUCUGAGAUACGAGCCAGAUGCAAAGCCCUCGAGACUACUCAUCCAUAGUAUAUACUACAGCAGUAAGAGGUGUGGCUCCGGAAGUGCCACGCCCACUUCUUCCAUUCCUGGGUUCCGAUAUCCUCGUCCCCUGAGUGAGCCUCCAUCGCGACCUCCUAGUGAGAUUGGAGAUGAUGAGGGUGACGAGCAGCAGUGACCUCUGGUAAUUGUUUUGUAGGUGUAUCUUUGCUGCUCAGAAAGGGGGAUUGCCUCCGAUCUGUACCCAUAAUGUUAUUGAUGAUCAUUGCGACCCCGUGCUGUGCAACAUUAGGAGAAUACAGCUCUUCAAUCGCAGGGAGGAUAGGGUUAAGAUAAUCUUCCAUCCAGAGUUCCUCUCUGCCACAAAUCCCCUCUUCAAGAUGGACUACGAAGAAUUUGUUCGCGGCUGCCAUCUUGGCGUCUUCCCGUCUUACUACGAACCGUGGGGAUAUACUCCUGCGGAGUGUACUGUGAUGGGUAUACCGUCUGUCACCACCAAUCUCUCUGGGUUCGGCUGUUUCAUUGCACAGCACGUCGCCGAUCCCGCCACGUACGGCAUAUACAUCGUGGACCGACGGUUCAAGAGCGCAGACGAGUCCAUCCAACAGCUGGCAAACUACAUGUUUGAGUUCUGUAGCCAGACACGACGUCAGAGGAUCAUUCAGAGGAACAGAACUGAGCGACUCAGUGACCUACUAGACUGGCAAACUCUGGGACAGUACUAUCGCACAGCCAGACGCCGUGCCCUGGAGACCACUCACCCAGAGUACUACAGCAGUAAGAGGCGUGGCUCCGGAAGUGCCACGCCCACUUCUUCCACUCCUGGGUUCCGAUAUCCUCGCCCCCUGAGUGAGCCUCCGUCACGACCUCCUAGUGAGAUUGGAGAUGAUGAGGAUGAAGAGCAGCAGUGACCUCUGGUCAUGUGACCAUUACAUCAUGUCAUGUGACCAUCAUGUGACUCUUAACUUCCCUGUGCUUUACUAUCACAUCAUGCAGUAAUUAAGAGUUUUAACUGAGUGUGGUAUUUUUGUAAGAAUUA